AUGAAGGACGACCGUCAGAGCAAUCCUAACGAUUUCGCUGAUCCUUUCCAGAUGGAUCCCAUCAAAUUCUAUCCGGAAACCGACUCAGCCUCAGAUAUUAUCAAGCAGCGUCCGUCAUCUUCCGAUUCAGAUAGCACACAACGUAUGCAGUCAAAACAAACACCGCCGAUUGGCUUUCGAGGAUACGUUUGUAUUCUUGUGCUGUUCUUAAUCAAUCUUCUCAACUAUAUGGACCGAUACACUGUAGCGGGAGUUUUAACAAGUAUCCAACACUUCUUUGAUAUCAACGAUGCACAAGCCGGUCUUCUGCAAACGAUCUUCAUCGUCUUCUUUAUGGUGUUCGCACCGUUGUGCGGAUUUCUUGGUGAUCGAUACAAUCGCAAAUGGAUUAUGACCGCUGGCAUAGCGGUUUGGGUGAUCGCAGUAUUUGCAUCCUCAUUCGUGCCUGCAAAUAUGUUCGUGCUGUUUGUUAUCCUACGAGGCAUUGUUGGAGUGGGCGAAGCGUCAUACUCAACAAUCGCACCAACGAUUAUCGCCGAUAUGUUCGUUUCAUCCGUCCGAAGUCGUGUCCUGAUGUUCUUCUACUUUGCGAUCCCUGUCGGAAGUGGAGUUGGCUAUAUGGUUGGAUCAACAUUGGCAUCCGCAUUCGGAGGUUGGGAAUGGGGCGUUCGAUUCACGCCAAUUUUGGGCGUUGUAUGCCUCAUACUGAUCAUAUUCAUUAUCGAGGAACCUAAACGUGGUCAAGCCGAAUUGGCUAUCAAUCAGAAAAGUGAAACCAGUUUAGUAAGCACAUCGUAUUUGAAGGAUAUGAGUGCAUUGUGCAAAAUACCGACAUACGUGAGCUCAGUAUUUGCAUAUACGGCAGUUGUGUUCGUUACUGGCACACUCUCAUGGUGGGGUCCAACGGCUAUUUCGCAUUCAUUCGCAAUAAGGGAGAAUAAAAACUCCACCAGUGAAUUAAGUAAUUCUGAAAAAGAU